ACACCGGGAUGGCCAGGAAGGUGGUGCUGCUCCUGUGGGCCCAGACCCUCGGCCUUGCUGGCACCCAGACCACCUGGAUCAUCAUGCAGCCCCCCUGGAUGCCAGCAGUGCUGUGGGACCGAGUGACACUGACCUGCCAGGGCUUGGGGACCACCAGUGCCACCACAUGGUACAAGGACGGGCGGCGCUGGGGACAGCAGGGACAUGACCGCCUGACUGUCACUGAGAAUGGCACCUACGAGUGUAACAGAACCGGCAGUGGGCUCAGCCCCCCCAUGAGAGUCUUAGAUGACUGGCUGGUGCUGCAGGUGCCAGCAUGGCCACUGCUGGAGGGGGACACGGUGACACUGCGCUGCCGGGACCAGCAGAACAACCUGGUCACCUGGGUAUCCUUCUACCAUGAGGAGAAGCAGCUGGUGCAGCUCCGAAAUGGGACAGAGCUGACCCUGUUCCCUCUGAAGCUGCACCACAGUGGGUGCUACUGCUGCAAGGGUUGGCUGAAAGACAGGCAGUGGGUGGUGUCUGCGCCAGUGACAGUGACAGUGCAUGCCCCCCUCCUGCACGUGUUCUACUGGGACAGGCAGGUGGUGGAGGGCCCUCAGGGGUCCCUACAGCUGCUGGUGCCCGCCGUGGGCGUCUCCCACUCAGGGAAUUACAGCUGCCAGGUGUGCUCCAAGGGUGGGGCCAUGCAGAAGAGCAGCACCUGGCUCCGCAUGACAGUGUGCAUGCCCAUGGCCAAUGCCACCAUCACCCCCCGUCCUCUGGCACAUGAGGUGCGCGCAGGUGACCCCGUGACCCUGCACUGCUCAGUGCAGGUGGGCUCAGCCCCUGUCACCUUCACCUGGCUGCACAAUGGGCAGGAGGUGGCCCAGGGUCCCCUCCUGGAGCUCAGGGCCAUCGAUGUGGGACAUUCGGGCACCUACCAGUGCGUGGCCACCAACCAGCUGGGACAGGACGGGCACCACGUGUUCCAGGCACUCAGCCCUGAGCUGGCACUGAUGGUGACAACAUGGGGACACAGGUGGGCAGUGGCUGUGAAUGUCGGCAGGACCCUCCUGUUCCUGCUCCUUCUCCUGGCUGUCAUCGGGGGCUGUCACUGCUGGCACCACCAUGCUGCCAGGAAGCUCCAGGACAGGGCCCCCAUGGGUGUCCCCCAGCCCUGCCCCACCUCGGGAUCCACAAGUGACCAACGCAGAGCUGUCAGGACCCAACGAGGGACAGUGGACCCCUGUGACUACGAUGAAGUGCUGUGA